AUGGAGUUCUCGAUCGAGCCUGAAGCAUGGGAUUCCCUCUCCGCGGCGGACGAUUCUGGGUACUCUGAGGGAUCAUAUUCCCUGCAUUCGGUCCAGUCCAGCAUAUACAACUACGAAAUGGAAAAUGGUCGGACCUACCACGCAUAUCAUGCCGGCAAAUAUCAUGUCCCUAACGACGAUGGCGAGCAAGAGCGAAUGGAUCUUAGUUAUCACAGUAUGCGGUUAAGCAUCGAAAACAAACCAUUCCACGCACCACUUGAAUCGCCGACAGACAUCUUGGACGUAGGUACGGGAACGGGAAUUUGGGCCAUGGACGUGGCGGAUGAAUUUCCCGCGGCCUCGGUGAUUGGAUUCGACCUAUCGCCUAUUCAACCUACUUUUGUUCCUCCGAACUUACAGUUUGAGAUUCUCGACGCCGAUGAACGCUGGGAAUAUGGCUCUUCUAGAUUCGACCUCGUCCACACAAGGUUCAUGAACGGAUUCAGCAUAAAAAGCUGGCCACAUUUCUACAGAGAGGCAUGGAAGUGCCUGAAGCCUGGCGGUUGGGUUGAAAACCAGGAGUUCGACUGCGUUGUCCUUAGCGAUGACAACACUAUUCCUACAGACAGUAAACUAUCCGAAUGGGUGACCCUAUGGAACGAGGGGAUGGGAAUGAUGGGAAUGACUGGACGAAUUGACCCAGAAAAGAUGGCUUCUGCAAUGCGCGAAGCCGGUUUCGUUAAUGUCAAGAUCAAACCAUACAAAAUGCCCAUCGGGCCAUGGCCGAAGGACCCGCGUCUGAAAGAGGCUGGAGUCUAUGGUUUGGUGGCACUCUUGGAUGGUAUGCAAGGCCUGAGUAUGAAGGUUUUUGUCAACUUUUUGGGGUGGAGCGUUGAGCAGCUCGAAGUAUACCUGGCAGAAGUUAGAAAAGAGCUGAAGCGAGGUCAUAUGCAUAGCUACUGGCCAAAUUUCGUCAUUAUAGGCCAAAAACCCUCAGAGACAAAUUAA